UGGAAUUCAUAGUUACUGAAGCAAGUGGGUGGGGUUUGGAGUAACCACUCGUUCUAAGGAAGGGAAAGCGGAAGCGCGUGUGUGAACAGUAAGGCAACAAUGGCAAAAAAUAAGAGCAAAGCAGAAGAAAAAAAUAAGAAAAAGAAGCUGGCAGAGAGCCCAGCAGAAGGAACGCCACCGAAAAAGAAGAAACUGAUGCCUAAGGUCUCCGAUGAAGGCUCUGAUGAGGCGGUAUCUGAGGUCCAGACAACUGAAAAUCGAGAUAUUGAGGACCUGACUCCAGAGGAACGGAGAGUUCUGGAAAGAAAGCUUAAAAAAGAGCGUAAGAAGGAAGAGAAGAGGUUGAAAAGAGAGAGCGCCGCUGUAGAGGAGGAAGAACCGAACAAGGUGUCUGCAGGUGGACUUUCCUUGCAGUAUCUGGAAAGUUGGUCUAAAAAACGGAGCGAAUGGAAGUUUCAGAAGACGAGGCAGACCUGGCUCCUCUUGAACAUGUAUGACCGGGAGAAGGUUCCUGACAAAUACUUCACAAUUCUGCUAGAUUACCUCGGAGGUCUGAAAGGCGGUGCACGGGACACCACCGUAAAAAAAGCUGAAGCGUUGAUAAAGGAGUGCGACAAGAGCGAGACACCUGAGGAGUCUGACCUGCACAAGAUGGAAAGGAUCCGAGAGGUCCUACAGCUUCUGUCGUAGAAACGUCAACAUUCUGCAGACUCUACAAUGAACUAUAUAGAUCUUGGGCAGCAAGCAGUCACCCCGCUGCUGUUGGAUGACAGAUUCCAUCGUCUUUGGUUUGGGUAAAGAUGGUUGGAGUUGAGUCCAUCAGCUUCUUCUGACCUUGAAUUGUAAUCUUAUCAUUUAUAUAAAGUUAAAAAGGAAACAACAAA